GCCAAGGGGGAGCACAAGAGGCUGUGAGUGGGUUUUUCUCGACUCCAGGCAGGCUGGUGAAGAGAGUAUUGCAGAGCAGCUGCUGCUGUUACUGCUCUCCUGCCAGCUCCACUCCUCCCAAUGCCAUUCCUACCUCCAGGAUUUUUCCCUGACUCACAGCAUCACCAUCCAAAAGUCUCCCUGGAGGAAGGUAUCUGCCUGCUGGUUUGUCUCUUUAUCCUUUGCCUCAUCCGCGGGAGACGGGAGAGAAAAAAGCCAUAAGCAAUCAACUCGCCUGCUUCUUUUUCCUUUUUUAUUUCCCCCCCUCCUGCUCCCUUCCUGUUGCCAAAGGGGGUAAAAUCCCCUUCUGGAGGGAGGUUUUCCAGGUCCAUGUGUGGACGGCAGGAAAUUGGUAGAGGUGAGCAGUCGGAAGAAGAUGUGAGAGCUGAAAGGGCUGUGCCGUGGGAGUGGUCCUCGCUUUGUGUGCAGGCGAGGCAGUGAGUGUGCAGCCUCCCACUCUGGGUGCAUCUUUUUUUGGAUGCUGUGCGGUUCCCUGUGUGAAAUGCUUUUUUGGUUAAAAGAGGAAGAGAUGUCACAUCAGGAGCUCACCCAGAGACUGACUACGGUUAUCACCCAUGUGGAUGAAAUCAUGCAGCAGGAGAUACGGCCACUGGUUGCAGUGGAUAUAAUAGAGCAGCUGCACAGGCAAUUUGCUAUCUUGUCAGGAGGAAGAGGGAAGGAUGGGGCACCAAUUAUAACCUUUCCAGAAUUUGCAGGAUUCAGUGACAUACCUGAUGAAGAUUUUCUGAACGUGGUCACAUAUCUAACCAGCAUUCCCAGUCUGGAGGCUGCCAGCAUCGGAUUCAUCAUCAUCAUAGACAGACGACGGGACAAAUGGAGCGCAGUCAAGGCAUCCCUGACACGGAUAGCAGGAGCAUUUCCAGGAAACCUGCAGCUAGUGUUUGUCCUGAGACCUUCCCGCUUUAUCCAAAGGGCAAUCGCUGACAUUGGCAUUAAACUCUAUCGAGAUGACUUUAAAAUGAAGGUACCGAUCAUCAUGUUAAAUUCUGUCUCUGAUCUGCAUGGCUAUAUUGACAAAAGUCAGCUGACCCGGGAGCUGGGAGGAACCCUGGAGUAUGGUCACAGUCAGUGGAUACAUCACCGAACUGCUAUUGAAAACUUUGCAAUGACAGUAAAAACAACAGCACAGAUGCUACAGACUUUUGGAACAGACCUAGCAGAGACUGAACUUCCCAAUGAUGUGCAGUGCACAGAGGAGCUCCUCUCUGCACACACUGACCACCACAGCAAGCUGAAGGAUGAGCUGAAACUAGCUGUGAAGCAGGGAGCCACCCUACUAACAUGCAUUAGGGAGCCAGUCACCCGAAGCGCCAACUGCAAACUCAGUUCAGAUGAACUGGAAAAUGUCGCAACAGUAGAAAGGUUAUUAGCUCAGUUGGAUGAAACAGAAAAGGCUUUUGAUCAAUUUUGGACCAAGCAUCACCUAAAACUAGAACAAUGCCUGCAGCUGCGACACUUUGAACAUGAUUUUAGAGAGGUAAAAUUGGUGUUGGAUAAUCUCAUGGAAGCACAAGCAGGUUUUGCUGACAUUGGAGACAGUGUGACUAGAGUGGAGCACCUCCUAAGGGAACAGAAACAACUGGAAGAGAAAGGACAGGAACCUUUGGAAAAGGCCCAAUCUCUAGCUCUCCAUGGAGAACAGCUUAUCCAAAACAACCAUUAUGCAGUUGACUCUAUUAGACCAAAGUGUGUUGAACUCAGGCGUAUUUGUGAUGACUUUACCAAUGAGACCAAGAAAAAGUAUGAUAUUCUGGGAAAGUCUCUUGAGCUGCAUAAGCAGUUAGAUAAGGCAAGCCAAUGGUGUGAAGCCGGAAUCUACCUCUUAGCUUCCCAAGCUGUGGACAAGUGCCAGUCACAAGAGGGAGCUGAAACUGCACUUGUUGAAAUUGAAAAGUUCUUGGUAACAGCUAAGGAACACCAGCUCUCUAACCCGAAGGAGUUCUACAAUCAGUUUGAGAUGAUCCUCACCCCUGAAAUAAAGGCCAAUGCCCAAAGAAUUCUACGAAAACUAGAAGAUGUACAAGAAAUGUUUGACAAAAGACAAGUAAGUCUGAAGAAGCUGGCAGCCAAACAGACGCGGCCAGUACAACCUGUUGCCCCACAUCCUGAGUCUUCCCCAAAGAGAGCAUCACCAAAGAUUACCAGACCAGCAGGAGUAGCUACCAACAGGAGGUCCACAGAAAUUUCCUGCCCUCCAAAGACCAUUUCUGAAGUAGAGUUAUCAAAAAAGAAAAACAUUAAGAAGACUAAAGGUGGAAUUAAGAUUGAAGUGAUGCAUGAAGCCAGCCAAGGAGGAUCUAGCAGAGUCCUUGUGAUGAGUGAAAGUGAUGAGAACUUGUCAACAAGGAGGAGCCACAUAAUCAAUGAGCUGAUAGAAACAGAACGAGUUUAUGUAGAAGAACUUCAAAGUAUAAUAGAGGGGUAUGCUUCAGAAAUGGACAAUCCCAAUUUACUACAUCUGAUUCCAUCUGCACUCCAGAACAAGAAGGAAAUUCUUUUUGGGAACCUCCCAGAAAUCUACGAAUUCCACAACAGGAUUUUCCUUAAGGAGAUAGAAAAUUGCAUUGAAAACCCUGAGCUUCUUGCCCGAUGCUUUUUGAAAAGAAAAGAGGACCUCCAAAUAUAUGAAAAAUAUUGUCAGAACAAGCCAAGGUCUGAAGCUCUCUGGAGACAGUGUGGAGACAGCAUCUUUUUUCAGGAAUGCCAGCGUAAAUUGGAUCAUAAACUCUCUCUAGAUGCUUAUCUCUUAAAGCCAGUCCAAAGAAUCACCAAGUACCAGUUGCUGUUAAAGGAAAUGCUGAAAUGCAGCAAGAAUUCAGAGGGUACUGCUGAAUUGGAAGAAGCCCUAGCCACGAUGCUUGAUAUCAUCAAAUCAGUAAAUGAUGCUAUGCACCAGAUAGCAAUCACAGGAUAUGAGGGUGAUGUUAGUGAGCUUGGCAAACUGUUGAUGCAAGGUUCCUUCAAUGUGUGGACUGACCACAAGAAGGGACACAACAAGGUGAAGGACUUGGCUAGAUUCAAACCGAUGCAGAGACACCUCUUCCUCUAUACAAAGAUGCUACUUUUCUGCAAGAAACGGGAGGAGAACACAGAUGGUCAUGAGAAGACAGCUUCAUACAGCUUCAAAAAUUCAUUAAAGAUGAGCACGGUGGGCAUUACAGAAAAUGUAAAAGGGGAUAAUAAGAAGUUUGAGAUCUGGUAUAAUGGCAGAGAAGAAGUCUACAUAAUUCAGGCAUCUUCUGUUGAGCUGAAAAACACCUGGAUUUCAGAGAUUCGCAAAGUCCUGACAGGACAACUGGAAGCAUGUAGAGAAGCAAGUCAACUGCACCAAAGAAUCACUGAGAGUGUAUACCAUGCACCAAUGGAUUCCUCCAAUGCAAGCAGGUAUAGCAGGAAGUCAUCAAGUGUAUAUGAAAACAAAUCUGAGACAUCAAACGUGGAAGCAUCUAACAAUAAAAACAGGAAUUCCAGUCCCAGCGCAAGACAAAAGAGAGUUGAUGCUUCCACCAGCCUUAACCUUGAGCGCACAGCGCUUGCUAGAAAGCGAUUCACAUUGCAAGGUCUUUCCAACCGCAGAGCUCCACCCAAAGAUCCAGAAUCUAAGGAAAGAGAAGUUACCCGUCGCUUUUCCCUAGCUUCCUCCAUCAGCACCACAGUUAAUGCUUCUGCUGUGACCAAAGGUCCCCUUGUUCCUGCAGUUAAAGUCAAGAGACAUGAAAUAAAGAGUGACCCAACUCCCUUGGGGUUUGAAGAUGCUUUUGAGAACACCAUAUUGGCCCAGACUAAAUGUAAUACCAGUUCCACCAUGAGACCCGUACCUAGAUCUGCUUCACAGACAGGUUGGCCCAGCAGGCAAAUGCCAUCUCUAGACACAUUUGAGGACUUUGAAGCCAUCCCCUCCAGCACAGAUGAACUUUCCAACUCUUCUGACUUGGAGGAAGAGACCAACCCUAACAAUGGGACCAAUCUUUUUCGGGUAGAAGGCAGUUUUGACAGCUGUUUCUCGGAUUCUUUUACACUCGAGGAUGGAGAUUUAGUGCAAUUUGUGCAGAAAGGAGAGAACGGUCAACGGUUAGUGAAGAAACUCAUCUCCGAGAAAAGCGACUGGGUUCCUUCCAGUAUAUUGCAGCCAGCAGAGGGGGACAGUAACAACAUAAUUAAGAACAGCAAUGCAGACAUAUACAAUGAUUCCUGCAGUACAGCCUCAGUAGAGUCAGACACCAAGGAGAGCGAGGUGGCCAAAAGCUUCCCAGCAGAACAGAUGGCUGGCAGCUGAACAGCAGGACCGUCCUUCCUCAGGACCUCAUCCAUUUCUCUUUAAUUUUGGGUGGACACUGGAUUAAAGUUGCCUUUCUCACAAGGUUCAUCAUUCACUAAAACAUUAUCAGCAUGAACAUUUGAGAACUAUGUUGUCCACCUGGCAAGCUGGGAAACACAACCUUAAAAUGAGCAUUAAACAUCCAAAAAGGAUUGAAACCCAUUCUCAGUAUUAGAGGAGAAAAAUCCUUCUCACAUUAUCAAACUAUUUCAGAAGAUGUGGCCUAAAUUAGGUCAACAGCAGAGCUGAAGAGUUACUAUGCACGCACCUUUUGGCAACUUCACUUGAACACCAAGUUACUGCAGAAGGGCACAUGCAUGGUGAUGAGUUCUUGCUCUACCAUGGGGUCACCUGGAGGCUUUUCUGUUUGCUGACCUCUGGCUGUGCCUUCCCCAUCCUCCUUAAUUCCAGCUGAUACAUCACAAAUGGACCCUUUUUGCUGAUGGUCAACACCAAAACCAUCCCAUUUUAGGUGGUUGUGGUAAGAAAACUUCUGACUUCAACCAUCAGAGAGGUUUCCUGCAGCAAUGAUAUGACUGCUUCUGGAAUGGCACAGCAAAUGACCUGCUGCAUAGAGAAUUGUGUUGGAAUGGUACAGAUAGCAACUCCUGGCUAUGAGAUGGAGGUGCAGGACUUAGGGAAACAAAGAUGUGUAACAGCUACUGUGACACAGAACAUUUGAACUCUUUACAAUAUAAGUCGUACCCCUCUCCCCUCUGCAGUCUGUGGUUGCUGGAUCACAAUCCUUUCCAUUUGGUGCCGGGAAUUCAAUCGAAUGCCAUUUUAUGUCGUAUGUUUGAUUAGACUGCAUGCUUUCUUUGUGUUCUACGCUAUGGAGUAGAUACGUUUCAUCCCCCAUUUGGAAGAUACUUAAGCAUUGCAAAUAGGCAGUGAGCAUUAGAUGCUCCAGUGAGUGGAUAGAUUGUUGUUAAAUACUUCUUUCCAGGACAUUUGAUUAAAAGACUACAAAAUCUCUGCCAUAAGGCUGUAAUGUAUAAUAUAAAAUUAUCACAGAUGUUAUUAUUCCUCUGUAAGCCAUUAGCUCAUUUAGAGCAGCUGUUAAGGCAUGAAGGGCUUUUGAUGGCAAUUGGGCCUUAGGUCCCACAAAAGCUGCUGAUACUUUAGUAAAGAUAAGUAUUGACUAAGGGUUGUAAACAGGCAAAGAUCAGCCUGGUAAAAAUUACCCUAGAAGCUCAAGAGUGAAUGAUUGGCUUUCACUAUUAGUUAUUUUUGGUUUAACACUGAGACUAAUGGUGCUGUAUGUAAAUAACAAAGAGG